GUUUGGAAUUGCAUGUAACUCAAAACUCGCCUCGACAUCGUCCGUCAAUUCUUCACAGCUCACAAUUUACAUCACACAUCACAAUGGUUAAGAGAAAGAGAGAUAUUGCCCCUGCUACUGCUACGGCGACGCCUGCUGCUGCAACGGAAGCAGUCUCCACCAACACGGAAACUACAACUUCGGCCAGCGCAACCGUUCACCUUCAGAUCGUCACAGGAACCUACGAAAAGACUCUCCAUGGCUUCAUUGUAAACAUUCCACCUCCCACCAGCACUCCUGCCACUGGCACAACUACCAGCGACGACAUCGCCCUCCCCGCCACCUUCACCGACACCUUCCUCUUCGCCGCACACACCUCGCCGCUGCGCACGCUCGCCAUUUCUCCCGCAGGCCCCAACACCAAAAAGCGCAUCCUCGCUACCUCUUCCGCCGACGAGCGGAUAAACCUUUACACACUCUCGACACGCCUCCCGCCCGUCUCGUCCAACUCCCUUCUCAAGCCGCUCUCCGGGCGCAAUCGCCACCUUGGAACCCUCCACAACCACCUCAACACCCCGACAUCCCUCAUCUUCACGCCGAACCGUAACAAGUUCCUCAGCGCCGGCGCCGAUGGUCAAAUACAGAUCCUGCGCACCCGGGAUUGGGGCGUGCUCUCCACGCUGAAAGUCCCCAAGCCCAAGGCGAAGCCCGUAAAUUACGUCAAGGACUACGGCGAGGGCUAUGGCCCGCGCAUCGACGCCUUCGGUAGCGAGGGAUACGGCGGUGGCAGCGGCGCAGUAAAUGAUAUCGCCCUUCACCCGUCACAAAAGAUUUUACUAUCUGUGGGCGCUGGAGAGAGGGCAGUGCGUAUGUGGAAUCUUAUGACGGGACGCAAGGCGGGUGUCCUUGCCUUUGGAAAGGAAGUGCUACCACCGAGGAUCGGGAAAGAGGGGAUGCGGGUUGAGUGGGCGGCCGAUGGUGAAUCGUAUGCUGUCGCCUUUGACCGUGGUGUCAUCGUCUUCGGAAUGGACUCUAAGCCGAGGGUGCGGAUUGAGACUAGUGGGAAAAGCAAGAUCCACAUGAUGCGAUUUGUCCAGGUCCCCAAGGGACUGCUUGGGCAGGAGACAGAGGAAGUCCUGGCCCUCUCCACGGAGGAUGGACGGAUGCUAUUUUACUCUACUACCGCCGAGGAAUUGGAUUCCCCCAUCUUGCUGGGAACUCUGGGCGGAAGGAGUAUGGGCAUGCCCGGUCGCGUCAAGGACUUCAUCGUUAUGCGCGCCGAGGGCAGGAUAUUCGUUAUAACCGCCGGAAGCGAUGGUGUGGUCCGUGUGUUUGAUCUCUGUGGCGAGGGAAGCGGGAUCGAGGUGGUGGAGGAGGAUGAGGCCGAAGGCGGUGCCGAAAAGAAGGCGAAGACGGAGGGAUUGGAAGAGAAGAAGGGGGAUAGACAAGUGGGCAAAUUGGUGGGUAUGUAUGAGACGGCGAGGAGGAUUACGUGUAUGACCGCCAUGCUUAUGCAGGAGGGUGGCGAGGAGGAGCAAGAGGAUGAAGAGAUGGGAGAGGCUGGCGAAGGGGAGGAGGAGGAGAGUAGUGAUGAGGAGAGCGAUAACGAUAACGAGUAGAUUUACCUCGAAUAAUCAAUACCAAAAGGCG